CAGUUGGCCUAGCGAUUACGACAAGUACUUUUCUGUCCUAAAUAUUAUGAAAAAAAUUGUGCAAGGCCUACGUUGUGUAGGCCGAACAGUUGAUCAGACAAAAUGGAGAAGAGCUCAUUAAACAAGAAGCUUCCUGUACUCCCCCCUUGUAAAGUAUGUGGUGAACAAGCUUCUGGCUACCAUUAUGGUGUUAAUUCUUGCGGGGCGUGUAAGGGAUUUUUUCUAAGAAGUCUUUCUAGAAUUGAACCAUAUUCCUGUGUAACUGGAGGACAGUGCAAGGUUGGACCAGAAAUAAAAAGGAGAAAGUCAUGUCAGAAAUGCCGCUUUGACAAAUGCAUUAGACUUGGCAUGUCAAAAAAUGCUAUUAAAAUAGGUCGCUAUACAUACUCAAAACGGACUCAAGACACAUUAGAGUUGCAACAACUCCAAAACCCUACUUCAAGCACUGUGCAAAGAGAAGAUUUUCAAGAUUCCACGAGUCAAACUAAUCACAUUGCCGAUGAUACUUCUAUACUUCUAAAAAACGUUUCUCCGCUGGAUGUGAGUGAAGUGCAAACAUCAGCUAGUAGUAAUCUCCAAUGUGAGAAAAACAUGUCUAAUUUUCCAACUCUUGUAGAAGAAAAUAUAUUUUUCAACCCAAAAUUUCCAUUGUUUAAGAGUAAUUUGGAAAUCAAAUCUAGUUGUUUGAAAGAAAUCAGGCACCCAGGAAAUGAAUUAAAAGAAACUAUUUUUGAUCAAGAGUUGGAUGAUCAAGAAAGAGAAAGUGAAAUGAGUCCUGCACAAGGAGGCAUGCAACUAUCUGAAGCAAGAAAGCAUACAACAGCAACUAAUUGCACUCAGACAGUAUCACGUAAUGUGACCUGCAGCAAAUAUCUAAAUGAUGCUCCAAAUUGCAUGCUAAAUAAAGAAAUUUUCAUAAAUGAAAACUUUUAGUCACCCAGUCAGAGCGGGGGAAAAUAAGGAAAGUAUGCUGGACAAAAUUCUAACUUGUUCUAAUAAACUGAGAAGCAUGGAAAAACAAAACAAAUCAUACAGCUUCUAUUCUUUUCAAGACCUCAGUAAAGAUGGAUGCCUUGUCAUUAAUAGUUUUGGGGCCAUCAUCUAUCCUGGUAAUCGGCGCUGCUUAAAAAAUAACUGCUCUGUGGUUCAGAAAAUAAAGCAUCAAAAAAUUACUUCUGAAUUUUCAGGAUUCACUCAAGUUCACUCAGAAAUAAUUGGAGUUAAAAACAAAUGCAUACCAUGGUCAUUAGAAUUCAAUGAGAAUGAAUUAGAUGAAUGGAUCAAUCACUUGGUUAAUUAUCACAAGUCGCAUGUGUUUGAUAACAAUUCAUUUGACAAUGCAGAGCUUAAAGAGAAAACAGACAUUGUUUAUGUAAGUUAUAUAACAUUAUUUGAAGAUAUUA